UACGGACAUCGGAAGCCUGAAGGAGACGACUUUAUUAGGUCAAGUCAGCAGAGUUGAGACCAAGGCAAAGAAGAAAUAUCAUGAGCGUAUCUCGAGUGGCUUUACUUCUGGUGCUGCUUCUAUGUGUUGAAGCUCAGCUCUCCAACGCCCAGCACUGGUCCCAUGGUUGGUACCCUGGAGGCAAGCGGGACCUGGACUCUUUCAGCAUGUCACAGACGUCAGAAGAGAUGAAACUAUGCGAGGCAGGGGACUGCAGCUACGUCAGACCCCAGAGGAGGGGUCUUCUAAAAGCCAUUCUUUUGGACAUCUUAUCCAGGGAACUUCAGAAGAGAAAGUAACUUCUUUGAAGGACAGAACUCUCCUCUUCAGUCUAUUUCCUUUUUAUUCCUUUUUUUUGUUUGUUUGACUUUAAAUGACUUUUUGUUGAUGCUUCCAUGCGGGCUGUGAUGUAUUGUUAUUAUUGUGUGUU